UGUUUGAGUGUGUGUUUCAGAGAUGCGGUUCAGCAGCAGAGGAGAGUCCAGUGCAGUGGCCUGAACCCAGCAGAGCUACACCACACACAGAGAAGUGCACUGACCACACCACUGCCCGCUGUCAGACGAGUUGUGAUUGUCCCGCUGGUUGAUGCUGAUGAAGGGAAGGUGAUCUGUUUAAUUCUGUUGAGCUGUAAAGCACUGACAGAACAAGAUGAACAAAACCUCACCGUCCUGGAGAAACACCUCACUGUUGCCUGUAAGCGAGUCAGAAAUGUUCAGAGGUUCUCCAGUGCUCCACAUGCUCAAUCCCACAAUGCACCAGUGGAGGCCAAACCCAGUCCACCAGCGAAUGACUACAGAGAACUCGACCGCAAGAUCCUACAGCUGUGUGGUGAGCUGUAUGAUCUGGACGCCUCGUCUCUGCAGCUCAAAGUCAUCAACUACUUGCAGACAGAAACUCAGUCGCAGUGUUGCUGUUUACUGCUGGUAUCUGAAGACAAUCACCAACUCUUCUGUCAGGUUGUGGGAGAUAAAAUUUUGGAAGAGGAAAUUAGUUUUCCGCUCAUGUUCGGGCGCUUCGGGCAGGUGGUGGAGACAAAGAAAUCCAUCACACUACAGGACGUCAGCCAGGUCACACACACACACACACACAUGCAAAUUCAGCAGUUGCUGGGGUCGGAGCCGAACUCAAUGCUGUGUGUUCCAGUGGUCAGUCAAGCCACUGGACAGGUGGUGGCGCUGGCGUGCACAUUCAACAAACUCGGAGGACAGAGGUAUAUGGAGGCAGAUGAACAUGUGAUCCAGCACUGUUUCUGCUACACAUCAACAGUUCUGACCAGUACACUGGCCUUCCAGAAGGAGCAGAAGCUCAAGUUUGAGUGUCAGGCUCUGCUGCAGGUGGCUAAAAACCUCUUCACACACCUGGACGAUGUGUCUGUAUUACUGCAGGAGAUCAUUGUGGAGGCCAGAAACCUGAGCAAUGCAGAGAUCUGUUCUGUGUUCCUGUUGGAUCGAGUCAGUCAUGAACUGGUGGCCAAAGUGUUUGAUGGAGGAGUGGUGAACGAUGAUGAGAAAGAGUUUCGUAUCCCGGCGGAUCAGGGAAUCGCUGGUCAUGUAGCCACCACCGGGAAGAUCCUGAACAUUAAAGAUGCGUAUUCACACCCUCUGUUUUACCGCGGUGUGGACGACAGCACCGGCUUCAGGACCAGGAACAUCCUCUGCUUCCCCAUCAAAGACGAAAACGAAGAGGUGAUCGGAGUAGCAGAACGUAAUAAAACAAACGGUCCCUGGUUCAAUCGUUUCGAUGAGGAUCUGGCAACCGCUUUCUCCAUCUACUGUGGCAUCAGCAUUGCUCAUUCUCUGCUGUACAAGCGAGUGCACGAGGCUCAGUUCCGCAGUCAUCUGGCCAAUGAGAUGAUGAUGUACCACAUGAAGGUGUCGGAGGAGGAGGUCAGCAAACUCCUGACCAUCGGCAUCGAGUCCGUGCAGAAAAUACACGCCAACUUCGCUGAGUUCACAUACACACCACGCUCCCUGCCGGACGACAACACACCAAUGGCUGUUCUAAGCAUGUUUGAAGAUAUGGGUUUCAUAAACACCUACAAGAUCGACCUGCACACAUUAGCCAGGUUUUGUCUGAUGGUGAAGAAGGGCUACAGAGACCCACCGUACCACAACUGGAUGCAUGCCUUCUCCGUCUCACACUUCUGCUACCUACUGUACAAGAACCUGGAGCUGUCCAACUACCUCCAAGGCAUCACUUCGCUCAGGCCAUUGCCAUCCUCAACACACACGGCUGCAACAUUUUUGAGAAGUUCUCCAGAAAGGACUAUCAGCGGAUGCUGGAUCUGAUGAGGGACAUUAUUCUGGCCACAGAUCUGGCUCAUCACCUGAGGAUCUUCAAGGACCUGCAGAAGAUGGCAGACGUUGGCUUUAACCCGAACAACCGAACCCACCGCAGUCUGCUGCUCUGCCUGCUCAUGACCUCCUGUGACCUUUCAGACCAGACCAAAGGCUGGAAGACCACCAGGAAAAUUGCGGAGCUGAUCUAUAAGGAGUUUUUCUCUCAGGGUGAUUUGGAGAAGGCGAUGGGCAACAGACCCAGUGAGAUGAUGGACCGAGAGAAAGCCUACAUCCCAGAGCUCCAGAUCAGCUUCAUGGAGCACAUCGCCAUGCCCAUCUACAAGCUCCUGCAGGAGAUUUUCCCGCGUUCGGCCGAACUGUACGAGCGGGUGUCUGCGAACCGGGAGCAGUGGGCCAAAGUCUCACACAAGUUCACCAUCCGCGGCCUACCCAGCAACAACUCGCUGGACUUCCUGGACGAGGAGUUCGAGAUGCUGCAGUCGCAGGGAGCCUUCGGGGACGAACCACAGCGCUUCAACGGCUGCAUGGAGGACGAGUGUGACAAACACUGACACACACAUGCCAACACACACAUGCAGUCGCAGGGAGCCUUCGGGGACGAACCACGGUGCAUCGACGACUGCAUGGAGGACGAGGGUGACAAACGCUAACACACACACACACACACGCAUGCAGUCACAAGAAGCCUUCGGAGGUGAGCCGCAGUGGAUCAGUGGCUGCAUGGAGGACGAGUGCGACAAACACUGACACACACACACACAUGCAGUGGCAGAGGAGCAGAGGAUCCACACACUAAUGAUGGACAGUGUGUGUGUGUGUGUGUGUGUGUAUGUGUAUGUGUGUGUGUGAGAGACGAUACACUCAAACACUGACUGAUGAAACCGCUGCUUCUGAUCACUAAACAGAUUAACACCCAAAAAGAUUACGGUAACACUUUACUUAAAGGGAGUGUUCAUCGAACGAACCACAGAACCACAGAACGAACGAACGAACGAACGAAAGAAAGAACCACAGAACGAACGAUUCUUUUUCAAGUAAAGUUCAUUACAAUACCAGCUAAUAAUGGUUUAACCCUUUGAAAGCUUUAUCGGGAAAACUCUGGAGUGUUGCUGCGGAUUAUUAUAAGACGUUUGAACUUGAAUAAUUCAUAUUUUAAUUAUUGCCAUUAAAGUGAGCAUAUACGGUUCUUCACACAGUAAAGAAUUAAAGGAAAACUCGAAAUUGCUCAUUUUACGGCUCUCACAGGGUUAAACACUUGAGUUUUACCUGUUUUUUAAUUAUUCAGCUGUUCUCCAGCUCUGGCAGGAGCACUUUUAGCUUAGCAUAAUUCAUUGAAUCGGAUUAGACCGUUAGCAUCGCGCUCAAAAAUGUCCAAAGAGUUUCAAUAAUUUGUUGUAUUUACAUUGUGUAUUAAGACUAACAGAAAAUCUACAGGUGUAAGGGUGUCCUGAUUGGUUGUUAGGUGGUUACUAAGAUGUUAUGUGGUUGCUAGGGUAUUCUGAGCAGUCUGCUAAGGAAUGUAUCAUUUCUGAUUGGUUGCCAUGUGGACACUAAGAGUUUCAAUAAUUUUCUGUAUUUAUAUUGUGUACUAAGACUGAUGGAAAAUCCAAAGUUGCUGGGGUGUUCUGGGUGGUUGUUAGGUGGUUGCUAAUGCAUUGCUGGGUGGUUGCUAUGUGUAAUAACCAGUGUUGGGUGUAUUUAGUUUGAAAGUAACUAGUUACUGUAAUUAAAUUACUUUUCCACUGAAAUAAGUAAAGUAAGGAAUUACUUUUAAUUUUGAGUUCAUUUAAUCACAGUUCUUUACUGUGUAAAUUAAACAGCUCUGGAUAAAUCAGAAGCAGAGGAAUACAUUUUUACUUAGGAGUAUUUAGCAUUUGUCAAAACCUUAACGUCCAUUUGACAUCCACACAUCAAUGCCCUUCUGACCAACACAAUAAUGACACAAAAAUAAUUAUUAUAAUAUAUAUUAUAAUAUAUAACACUUUUUUAUUAAUCUGAAAGAUUCAAUUACAAAAAUCUACACAGAAUUUAUUACCCUUACAAUCAAUGUAAACUAAUCCUGAUGUCAAAAUUCACUUCUAAUACUUUUGUCAAAAACACACCAAAAAUCGGUCCUAGGAUCAAUCUUUGACACUAAUGUUAGAUAUUAGACUGUCAAGGUAUUCAACUGACAUCAUAACAAUUUACGUUUGUAAUGUGUUCAUUUUUUUGCAUGUAUUUUGAUAUCGUCUUGACAUCAGUGUCAAAAUUAUUGAAACUCUUUGGUCAUUUUUGCGUAAGGUGCUAAUGGUCUAAUCCACUUCAAUGACUUAUGCUAAGCUAAGCUAAAAGUCCUCCAGCCAGACCCUGCAAUCAGCUAAAUGAUCUAACUCUAUGAGAGCCAAAAAAUUAGCAUAUUCACAAAAAUGUUUUCCUUUAACCCUUUAUAGGGCACUCUUUGAAAUACUCAUUGACAAAACCGAAACCUUACGGUUUACAAGAUUAAAGAAUUAUAUUGUAGUCAAUGUCUGUAAAGUACGUGAAUGUGUUUUUCAGCCAGUAAAGGGUUUUAAUCAGUUAUUCCUAUUUUUUGCUGUAGUGUGUCAUCAUCACAUUUUAUGUAAACAAGCUCAAACUUUUAUUCCAAAUUAAAAGUUUGCACUUAUUUUCCUAAAAUACAAUUAAAAACAUUGUUAUAUUAAAAAUAUAUUAUGUUUAAUAUUAGUGAUACAUUUUUUAAAAAUCUAAAUUUGUAAUGUGUGAUUACCGUACAUAUAUUAUUCCGCUUCACCUGGAUAAUAUUAAAUGCAUAAGGGAAAGCCCCGCCCCCUACUCAAUAUUCAGCUUUAGUUGAAAGCGAAUCAACAUACUGAAAUAAAAGUCUCAGAAACUUCUGCUUCACUUGGACUUGUUUGGGACAAUGUUUAGGAGUUGAAUGGAUUAUUUGACACAUUACAGCAACAGAUUGAGAUAACUGAUUUAAAGACAUUUUUAGCUGGUGGAGAACGAGCGUUUGAAUAAUUUGGGCUCCGCUGUAAUUGGUCAGAAAUGCCCAACAAUAGAAGCUCAAACUAAAAUGAAACUGUUGUGAAAAGAACAGUUCUAUUCUUACACUGUUACAGUUUUGUUCAUUUUCAUUUUUUAGUUGCUGUUACUUUGUUUACAUUUAAGUAAUGUGAGAUUCAUUUCUAUAGUGCUCCACCGUAUAAAACUGAUUGUAUCAAAGCAGCUUCGACAGUAAUAAACUGGGAAAUACCGGAAUUAAUUAUAGAAAAACCUCAACAGAAUCAUCAGGCAAAUCCCAAUUCUGCUGUAAAGUGACACAAUAUUGUCACAAUAAAAAAGCAAAAAUAAUCAACCCAGGCUCAUUCUGUAAACGUU